AUGGGAGCUCCCAGUCCCGAGCACCAACCAGGGCGUGCAAAGUCAGAGUCAGAAUACACCUACGAAACAGAGGAGGUUCCGACUGAGCAAGAGGGCCCCAAUCUGGAGGAGAGGGUGAUCUCGCCAACCCAGCCGGUUCAGCUGCCAGUAGUCAAGAGGCUCAGGGUACAAGGGCAUCAGGUCAAGCAGAGGGCCGGCCAGGCAACGCCGCAACAAAGUGGGAGUGACAGCUCCCAUUCCUCCUGCUUUGAGCCGGUCAGGCUCACUGCCAAGCCAGCUUCAGAGCAAAGGCGCCUUGCGCCCACGCCGGACUGGUCCAAGGAGAUAGUGCUCGACCUUCACUAUUUCCACCCGGAGAAGCAGCCUUAUGGGCGAAGGUUCCUGCCCAAAGGGCAGGUGGCGUACCAGUACGAGUGCCCCAUCUCUGGGGGUCACAAGACCAUCCACACUGAGCUGGAGGUCCUGGGCAUUGGUGGCCCGGACUCCCCCUUCCAAUGCUGGAAGGUUGCGGAGCAGUCCCAGAUGAGAGAGAUCGAGCUCGUGCGCUGCACUGGGUUUCGUCACUUGGCCAUGGAACUGCUGGUCACGGAACGCCUCGAGCCAUUGCCGGACCUUUCUGAGCUACUGGUCUGGAAGAUGGUCUUUUCGACCAUAGCAGCGUCACGGAAGUGCUCAGUACGCGACCUGUCCAAACACAACUUUGCUUACAGGUCAGUAACGGGAAUGGGCUCUGUGGUCUUUGUCGACUUAAACAGUUGGGCACCACAUGAUCACGUCCCGCACUUCCCAAACAAGGAGCGUGCAAAAGGACUGUGGAGCACAAUCCGUGGCUUCUCUCAGGAGCUACUGGACGUGAUCCAGAGCUUGGUGGGCUGUAGCCACAACAACUUAAACCAGCUCACUGAGGAGUGCUACGUCACAGCCAUGGGGCGCCUGCCUGUCCGCACAGGCCAAUGA